UCUCUCUCUCUCUCGCUCUGCUUGCGUUUAGAAUCUCUCUCUAUCUCUCCGCGUCUAGAAGGAGCAAAAGAUGGGUUUCUCCUACAGCAGCUUCGUUGCGAUUCUGAUGAUUCUGGGAUUACUGACAGGAUCCGCACUCGCACAGGCGCCGGGAUCCGCGCCAUCAGUAGCCCCGACCGUCUCUCCUCUCCCACCGUCACGCGCUCCGGCGUCACCGCCACGUGCAGUUACUCCACCAUCUCCGGCUCCUUCCGUCAAGGCUCCGGCCCCUUCCGCCAAGGCUCCGGCCCCUUCCGUCAAGCCUCCAGCCUCCGCUCCUUCUCCGAUCUCCAAACCCCCGACGUCUUCUCCAUCUCCAUCGACCGCCGCUUCCCCUCCGGCUCCACCUCUGUCAUCUCCCUCCCCUUCUCCCACCGGCUCUCCUUCUCUGUCUCCCUCUUCCUCGCCUUUGCCCGACUCUCCGGCGGAGUCUCCGGCCGACAACAGCGCCGCUCUCCCUGCCUUGAACAGAGUCGCGAUCGCCGGAUCUGCUAUCUCCGGCGUCUUCGCCGCCCUGCUCUUGUUUUAA